CAUACUAAGCACCCACUCAUAAUAUUCAAUACCAACACCAAUAUGAACGACAUACCCACGCCCGAAACCCCCGAUCCCAUCCACGAGGACCAAGACACAACCUACGAAGCAUCCCCAGAACCCUCCUCCCAAGACAACCGCCCUAAACACACCAGCACAGGAAGAGGCUACAACACUCUCAAAUCCCACAAAGGGCAGAUAUACUCCGGCAUGGCAAUCGGCGGCUCCCACACUUGGAACUACGACGAAGGCGUCUGGAAAGAGACCAAAGAAGAACCAGAUUUAUGGAGAGUUGAGUAUAGAACGAGUAAGAGGAGAGCGCAGAAGGCGCCGAGGGGAAGUGGUGCGCCGGUUGGAACGGAGUAUCACUGGUUGAUUGUUGGGCAUCAGCACGUUAAGAAAAUUGACGCCAAUACCUACGAAACAGCCCUUACUGGAUCCAAAUAUAAGCUGGCGCAUAAGAAUGUUUCCUCUGGUUCAUGGUCUAUCCCGACGGUCAAGGCUCAACGAGAACGAGAAAUUGAGCUUCUCGAGGACGCCAAACGACGCAUUCAGGGACUGCCACCUGUGUUGGCUGGAGAGAAAGUCAAAGUUGAGAAAGAGGAGAAGGGACAGCAAAAGUUGGACGCUCUGUUUGGAAAAGUCAGAGGGAACAAAGUCGUUGGGGAGACGAAAAAAGGAAAGAGAAAGAGAGUGGUGGGUGAGGAUGAAGACCAGAGUUCAGAAUGA